GAAAAGGUUUUGAUCGGGAAAUUUAGAGACAACGGAUUUUCAUGGCUAUGAUUUUGGAGAUAGCUUUUUUAAGUCUGGCAACCACAAGCUUCGGAAAUGGAGACCCACGACGCCCUGCUCCAGGAGCUUCUGCAGGCGGAACAUGAAACUGGUCAGGACGAGGAGGCACGCCAGGCGCACCUGCAGCUCAUCAACGAGCUGCACCACCAGCUGGUAGUCCCGGUGGGAGUGGCGGCGGAACGUCUUCAGCAUCUUAUAAUGGAGGUGCGAAAGAGAGGGCAGCACGACCUGUUGCGCCGGUGGCAGCUGUGGCUCAACGAGCUAAUCCUGGCCAGGAGGAUCAUCCUAGUGCGGUCGCACCUGCUGGUGGCCGAACUAAUGGAGGCAGGGCAGCCGGACUCAUCGUCUGCAGAGCUCCAACUGCUUCUGACGCUGCUAAAGACGACGCCGAAGGAAAAGUUGGCUGAGUACUGGCCGAGAUUGACUACUUUGCCCAAAAUGAGGAACGUGGAGACAGCCCUGCUGCUCCUGCAGUGCCAGGAUCUGGUGCUGAACGAGCUUAAGGAGUCUCCCGACGAGGCUGACCAUAGCCAGAGCCUGGCCAACUCGCUCGUCCACAUGCAUUUUGAGGGUUGCUGGCUGGAAGUCGAGAAGGAGACGGAGGAGCAGAUGGCCCUGCUAAUGGCCCUCAGCCUGGAGCUGCUGCAGAAGCUGGUGGCGCGGCAGCCGAACUACGCGGAGCAUCAGAUUCCUGAGCUGAUUGGCCUAGUCCAGUGCUACUUGCAGUACGGCGAGACAGAGGGAAGCACUUCUCUAAUGCCCCGCAGGCUCCCGGCCGCACAACAGUCAGCCGCCUAUGGGCUGGAGGACGAGCACCAACAGCCCGGCCAGAAGUUGCGCUCCGGCGGCCGAAAGAACAAGGUACGCAAGAUGCGGUCACUGGCCAAGCAGCGCAACCAGGCGGCCAGCGAUUCCCAGGAGACCAAUUCGCGGGAGCGCCUGCUGCUAGUAGGCAAUCAAGACUACGGCUGCCUCACCGGCGACUCGGGCGAAAACUGUCCAACCUCCGAUGCGGAUCAGCAGCCGGAGACCAAGCACCUCCGCCAUCUGCAGGCCAAGGUAAGGAUCUCGGCGCUGCACCUGUUAGGAUCCUUGACCAAGCAGCUGCCACGCCGCUCCCUGUACAGCUAUUGGCACGUCCUGUUUCCCGACAGCGACUCGGCCGGCGGACGCAAUCUGCUGCUCGUCGGUCAGAAAGACACCAACUCCCGCUGUCGCGCACUGGCCCUGCAGCUUGGCGCCCAGCUGCUGUACGGCUCCAAGGGGUUCCUGAGCCAGGCCUGCUCUCGCGGACCUAGCAACUUCACACCCUUCGCAGUCAGCCUAGCCAGCUCCGUGCUUUCCGCGUACCGCACCCUAAGCGCCAUCCUGGAGCGGGAGUUCGCUCCACCCGUGCUGACGCAGUGUCUCAAAUGUCUGGCCGUUCUGGUCCAGGCCACGCCCUUUGAUCAGUUGGAAAUGGGCUUCGUCUACGAGUUCGUGUGCCACGUAAAGAAGCUGGCCAAGAGUGCUGACCCUCCAGUAGCCGUGUCGGCCCUUCUCGUCAUGGAAAUGCUGGUGGCCACGACCAAGCUCACUCCGGAGAUUGCCAGCUCGGUGGGCCUGGCUCCCGAUCUUAGGAACGUACGAUUGGAUCAGGUCGACGCGAUAGACGACUUUCAGGAGCUGUGCGACUCUGACCCGGAGGUGGAACUCGAGGAGGAGGCGGAUCUGGAAAAGGAGGAGCAGCCGAAGGCGCAGCAGAAAUCGCUUAAUCCCGCCCACGCACUGUCGCAAUCCAUUCCGCGCAACUCCUGGCUUCUGAGGCUGGUCCUCCGCUAUCUGGAGGGUCUGGGAACUCCAAUCACGGUGCGCAUAGAGUGCUUCCAGGUACUUCAGGCGAUGGCAAUACACAUUGGUAUUCUGCGCGGCCACCAAGCGCGUUUGGCCAAGGUGAUCUCCGCCGGACUGAGGGAUCUCGUCGCCGAUGUGAAGCUCUACGCGGCACGCUGCCUGGACUCCGUGGGCUAUCAGCUGGGCAGGCUACUGCCGGAGCAGGCGGAGCGGGAGCAGCAGAUGUCGUUUUGGCUGAGUCUGCUGCCCGCCACCUACGAAGCCUACGACGGCGCCGGGUUUCCGCUCAAGUGCGCCCUCUGCGACGCCCUGUCCAACAUGGGCGCCUUCAGCUUCGAGCGGCUAUCGGAUGGCCAUCGGACCGCCCUGCUGGCGUUCCUAAGCGGCUGCGCCAGUGACGACCACGAGGAGCCACUGGUCCGGGGAGCAGCCCUGCGGGCCAUGGCUGUUUACGUGCUCCACCCCUCGCUGAGGACGGACCUGGGAUUCGUGGAAAACACCGCGGAGCUGACUCUGCGCAUCAUCGACGACCACCAGCUGGUCGUGCGGAUCAAGGCCGCCUGGGCGCUGGGCAACAUAAGCGACGCCUUGGUGGCUGGCAUUUCCAGCCAAACCGAGAGGAUAUCGGCCGACCUGCUGGGUCGCCUCAUCCAGGCGGCGACGAAGAGCUGCAGCGACCACGACAAGGUGCGGGCCAAUGCGGUGCGAGCUCUGGGAAACUUACUGCAGAUUCUGCAGCUUCAGCCCGCCGGGAGCGAGGAGGUGAUGCAGCUGGCCAUGUCCGAGCUGCUGGACUGUGUGAGAUCCUCGGGCAACGCAAAGGUGAAAUGGAACGCCUGCCACGCCAUCGGAAAUCUGGUGCGGCAUAGGGGCUUCUUUGCCAGUGGCAACCUGCCCGGGAUCCUGUUCCCCGCCCUAAGCCAGCUUAUGGUGCAGCACAUUAAUUUCAAAGUGCGCACCAAUGCCGCCGGGGUGCUGUUACGGGUGGAGCGGCGACAGGAUUUUGGCGGCCACUUUUCUACUGUGUGGCGCGCGCUUCUUGAGGCUCUGGAACGAUCUAAUGCCCUGGACAGCUUCGAGGAGUACAACCACCGGGACGCACUGCAGCAGCAACUCUGCCUGGCCAUCGCUCACCUGCUGACUCUGGCUAAGAGUGGCGAUCUGCCGGCGAUUCGAGAGUCUCUCGAAGGGGAUUUCCUGGAGCAGGUGCGGGACACGUGGCGGCGCGUCGCCUUCCGCAUUAUUCCCGAGCGAUCAGCGCCGCUCUUCACUUGUGCUUCUCUGCUGGAGCAGCGCCUCCAGGCGGAAGUCACCACUCAGCAGCGCUGCGCCUUAGUCUUCAUCACGAGCUCCCUCCGGCUGGACCCGUAACCAUCAAACCAUACCCAUAAAACUUUGUUAGUAAAAUCCGAGUUUUCAAUUUUA